CAGGUAGCCUAUGGCAUAAGUCUAUUCAGUUAAUAUUCUAUGUAUGUGUCCAUAUUUUUUAAAUAUAUGUAUAAAUUUGGGAGGAUGGGGAGGGAGGGGGAGUGAUGGAAGAUUAAAUAACUUAGAUAACAGAAAUCACACUUACUGCACUACUUACUGCCUUAUACAGUACAUUGUAUCAGAAAUGUUACAAUAAUGGCAUGGCUAAUAUGUAUCAUUUUAUCAUUAUAUAAUUAGCAGACAUGCAAACAUGUCUACAAAAUCAAAAUAUAAAAGGUAACCAGGCUGCUCAUUAAUAUCGCAGUGUGUGUUAACUCCAUUACUAAUAAUGUAGAUUACUGCAGGCUAAAUAUCAAGAUAUGUUAAAUUCUGAAAGAAAUACCUUUUCGUAACAGUAACAAACACUUCAGUACCCAUGAUGCAUUCUGUAACCUCUUUACUGCUGGUAUGCCAUGCGCCAGGCUUGACUGAAGCAUGGUCCCUUUAUAAAUUUGGACCGUGGGCUGCGCCGCUCUGCAGCCCCUCACAGAGCUCCCGCUGCCCGGAACAAACCAUCUGGCCACCCGGACUGGGGGGUGGUCGCGGUGUAGAGAACUACAGGACACGCAGAGGGGUGUGUGUGUGUCUCUGCCGGAACCAGUGAUGGCCGACCAGCUGCCUCCACAGCAGGUGAAUAAGUUCCAACGAGGGAGCCUCCCCAACGGGAAAGAAGUCACCCAGGAUGACCUGCACGCAAGAGGCCAGUGGGCUAGCAAGGCUGAGUUCCUCCUGGCAGUGGCGGGGCAGAUCAUCGGCCUGGGCAACGUCUGGAGGUUCCCUUACCUCUGCUACAAGAACGGAGGAGGUGUGUUCUUUAUACCUUACCUGUUGUUCCUGGUGCUGUGCGGCAUCCCCCUGUUCCUCCUGGAGACCUCACUGGGACAGUACACCAGCCUGGGAGGGGUCAGCGCCUGGAGGACUGUCUGCCCAUUAUUUGGAGGUCUUGGUUAUGCCAGCCAGGUGAUGAUCCUGCAUGGUUGCGUGUACUACAUCAUCAUCCUGGCCUGGGCUCUCUUUUACCUGUCCAACAGCUUCCAGGCGGAGCUGCCCUGGUCGCACUGUAACAACACGUGGAACACUGGUGCAUGUUUCCUGUUUGACCAGAGCAACCAGACAGCCAAUGCAAGCAGCCUGCCCGAGAACGCCACUUCCCCCGUCAUGGAGUUUUGGGAGCGGGAGGUGCUCCGUCUGUCCAGCACUUUAGACGAGCUGGGUCCAAUCAACUGGAAGCUGGCUCUGUGUCUAGCCGUCGUCUGGCUCGUCUGUUACUUCUGUGUCUGGAAGGGAGUCAAGUCCACUGGAAAGGUGGUGUACCUGACAGCCACCUUCCCAUAUGUCAUGCUGUUUGUGCUGCUGGUGCGUGGUGCCACCCUUCCCGGAGCGACCGACGGCAUCAUCUACUACCUCAAACCCAACCACACCCGCCUGGCAGACCCACAGGUAUGGAUGGAUGCAGGGACCCAGAUAUUUUUCUCAUAUGGGAUCUGUUUGGGGAGUCUCACAGCCCUCGGCAGUUACAACAAAUACAACAAUGACUGCUAUAAGGACUGUUUCCUUCUGUGCCUCCUGAACAGCAGCACCAGUUUCCUGGCAGGUUUUGCCAUCUUCUCUGUGCUGGGCUUCAUGGCUGAGGAGCAGGGUGUGGACAUAGCCACCGUGGCCCAGUCAGGACCUGGACUUGCCUUCAUCGCCUACCCCAGAGCUGUAGCCAUGAUGCCUCUACCUCAACUCUGGGCUGUCUGCUUCUUCCUCAUGAUCAUCAUGCUGGGGCUGGACACACAGUUUGUGAGUCUUGAGGCCCUGAUGACGUCGGUGACUGACCUGUACCCUCAUCUGAUCAGACGAGGCUAUCGCAGAGAGCUGCUGCUGCUGUUUAUCUGUGUCGUCUGCUUCCUAAUUGGACUGGUCAUGGUCACGCCAGGUGGUCUGUAUGUGUUCCAGAUAUAUGACCAUUUCUCCUGUAGUGGAGCCAGCCUGCUGCUCCUCUCCAUCUUCCAGUCUGUAGCCAUCGGCUGGGUCUACGGAGCCGAACGCUUCAGUGACAACAUCAGGGAUAUGACCGGGUACAGCCCCCUGCCUGUCUUCAAGCUGUGCUGGAAAUACUUGACCCCGACUGUGUGCACUGCUACUUUUUUGUUUUCCCUGGUGCGUUGGUCUCCGUUGAGCCUUGGGAAAGGCAUGGUCGCUCCAGGCUGGGCCACCGCGCUGGGCUGGCUCCUCACCUUCUCCUCCGUCUCUCUGCUCCCCAUCUGGGCCAUCUACCUCCUGGCCACCACCCCGGGUACCCUGCCACAGCGCUUCAAACGCAUGUGCAGCCCUGCCAAAAACUCAUCGCUGGCCGUCCAACACUUCCCCACCAACACCUACAUCCCUGUGCUGCCCCUCACUGAGAAGCCAAAGGAACCGAUCAGCAACAUCAUCUAGGAUCAUAAGACUUGAUAAAUUGUCAUAUGAUGACAAUGUGGACGCUGCUCAGCCAAUCAGGUGUGACAAAGGGAAGAGUUGAGGUUAGAGUCCCAAUUGAGUCCCAGUUGAGAGCAAUAUCUUGAACUAGACCAAUGAAAUAAUACAUCAGGAUGUCUUUUUUUAAUGUAGAAAAAUUGAAGAUAUAUGGAUAUUUUUACCAUUAACCCGGCAAUCAUGAGCAAAUGCCUGGUGAUACACUCAACGAUCAACUGAAAGCACCGUUAGUUUUAAUCUCAGCAAUGUCGUCCAUCCAUUUAAUCUCAGCCCCGUCCUUUGGGGAGGAAGUGUGGCUUCAGUUCACAGCUUGCUUUACCCUUUAAGACUUUGCCCUUCCCAACUUUUGUUAUGGGCACACACUACUCCAUCUUAACUACUUUAUUUGCUUUAAAUUGCAAGCCUCUCUUUUUUAUUUAGCAGCUGAAUCACUUUAUUUGUAGACUAUUUGAUCAUUCAAGGCACAGGACGCAGCUAAAGAACAAUCCUACUGUUGUUUUUUACUGCCGGCAUUAUUACUGAGCCUAAAACUUUACUCUCUAUGAGAGAUUACUGCUAAUGUUAGCAUGUCUGCUUAGCUUUUACUGUCUCCUGAAUAUCUCUGUUGAUUCAGAGUCAGACAUGUUUUAUACACUGAUUCGUCUGGACUUUUCUGUAUGUGCACUCUGCCAUAUCAUGGAGUUCAAAUGGUUCAAAACAAGCUUUACACACAAUAACACAGUAAAUGGUGCUAAUGCAAGGUUUGCAUCGACUGCCAGUAUACCAAGUGCUUCACUUGAUGUCAGGGUUGACACUCAUUUGUGAUUAGUGACAAAAUGCAAUAACUGUUUUCAUCUGUUAUACACAUCUGUCUUUAAAAAUAGUGGGCAGGAAAGUUGUUUGUACUAUUUUUUAGCUGUUGUCAGUUGCUGUCUCAAAUGCACAAGUUUCAAGUGGCAUUAUCACAUCCUUGAACUGUACCAAAAUGUAAUUAUCAAUACUCAAUCUGGCAGACAUACAAUCAUGGUAUCUGAAUCAGCAUAUAUACAUACAAUUAUUUACAGUUACAAUACUGCUGCUGGUGCUGCUGCUGCUGUGUGGAGAAAAACUCUCAUCUCCACAGUUUUAGUAGAAAUUGAUUUUUUUAUAAUGUGAUUCUCUUUAAAGGAUUUUACAGAAUCUUCAACUGUAACAUGUGAAUGAUAACUAGCAGUAGGACUAUAAAGUGGCAAAUGAAAAAAUGACCUCUAUGCAGUGUAGGGAUGUCCGUAUUUUCAGAAUAUAUAGUAUGUGUGUGAUUUGAUUUAAAGAAGCAGUAAAUUCUCAAAAAAAGCAGUUUUUAAUACCUGCCCCUUACCCUGUUAAUAAUAAGUAAGUAAAACUUUAUUUAUAGAUUACAAAGUGCUUUACAUCGACAUUGGCACAAAAAGAAAAGAAAUUCCUAAUGUUCCUUAUCAUAUAUCAUGUAGACUGCAGUCACUGUAGACUUUUGCAGUAUCCUAAGACAAGAAUGUGUUUUGAAUAAUUUACUCAGAGAACUACUUCCUUGCUUUUCUCAUCACCAUGAGGUCUUUUCGGUGUCUCAGUGGGGUCUAAUUUGUGAAAUUACCAUGAACUUACUGUACUCAAGCUCAGGACAGAAUGUACUCUUCACUGGGAAAACCGAUGUAAAUCUUCAAAAGCAUAGGGAUGAGGUUUAUUUCUUAAGCAAACGUGAUGUGUUUGAUGUGUUUAAAGAUAAAUAAGUCUAAGUUCUGUAUGCAAACUUGAAACUGUCUUGUCAUUCAGACCUGGAUGAGGGUUUUAAUUGAAAUCCUUUUUAAGUGCUCCUCUGAGAUUAAUUUAAAUGAGAAGCAAAGUGCUAAACCCAUCUGGUGUGUUGGAAAUGUUGAUUUUUCUUUAUCUCUGAGUGUUUUAUUAUCUCUGUUAAUAUUG